AUGGUAUCAAUAAAGUUCCCCAUCAUUCAGCCCGUCAGUCCGUCCAGGCAGGCUACGAAAGAUAUCGAAGCAAAGUCGCAUAAGGUAUCCUCCUUCAUCUCCCUCUCUAUCUCGAAGCUAUUUACAUCGGCUUUUGCAACCAUAUGGAAACCUCAGAGAGGUCCGCAGCUUUUCGACACAUACAAUGAGCCAACCACCUGCAUCUCAGCCGAACCGCACGAACAAGCCGUCAAAGACGCGGUACAGCAUUAUUUCGGUUGCAUUGAGAUCUGCCAGCGGCCCGAUUUCUUCAAGGAAUCGAAUCAUGUUUGGGUUAAUGAACGUGAGAUUGAGCGUAAGAAGCUCAGAAUGGCAAUGGAUAAUGCUCCCAGACCUCUUUCGACGGACGACAUCAACGCAAGGCUCAAUGACACGAUGACAAAAAGGAUGCUCAGCGUGGCAAUAGCGAUCGAGGCCCGGUACAAACGAACGGAUGUGAUGCGCAGUGCUAUCAUGAAACUUCGUUCUUCGGGCGGACAACCAAGCCUCAUCUAUAACGUGGACAGAAGUCGUGAUAAGUGGAUGAGCUCCCAGGAGUUCAAAGACGGUAUUCCAAUGGUUCGGAAUUGGAGAAAAGGAGCUCAAGGGGGACACAGGCCAGUUGAUCCGGUAAAUGCUAGAGAAUUUACUCUCUCCGACAGGAUCCAAACUGGACGUCAAGAGGUCCGACUCUUCAUCAGGCAGCAUGGAAUCAACAAGGAACAAAAUCCAGAUCUCAGUGACCUCGAGUACAGCAUUGAGCGAGACGUCCACGCCCAUCUUAUUGAGUUUGAUGUUCAAGAGGCGAGUAUCCAAGCAACAUCCGGUGCCGAAUCAUCUUCCACCGGUAGACAAUUCUUGAAACCAGCCAACAACGAACUCACCGACGUUGGGGUCAAGGGCACGUUCCCAGACCAGCGCAUUUCGAUCAGUCGGUUGCUGAACAAUGGGAGAGACCUGAAAAAGGAGCAAUGCGACCCGAAGGACGACUGGAAUAUAUCACAGCGGGACAGAAACGAAGGCUUUGCGAGGCCCCGCAAGAUCCGAUAUCUCCAUGUCCCUUCAAACAAUAUGGCGAAAAUCAUCGCAAACUACUAUGCGGAUUCAAACCCAGAUGUGAGAAGCAAAGUCCAGAGCCCAGGCAUUCAAUCAUCAACACAGCUGCUUCUGCGGCCUCAAUACUGGCAUGGACAACAGCAAGGGACUCGAAGUGGUAUUGUUCAUGCGAGACACAUGCGCCCCUUGUGUGAAAUGGUAUCGUCUGACACGGGCAAGAUUGAGCAGAGCUCAAAGAACAUUGUCCUGUUUAGGAUCAUUUCAGAAAUUGAUAAAGCUAAGCAGCUUCGGCUACAACAUCUAUCGACAGCAAGACUCUUGACCGAGCAUCACGCCUAUCAUGAUCAUUAUGGAUGCGAGGAAUGCAGGCAAAAUAUCAUGCAAGUGCAGCGACUGAUAAUGGUUGACCAGAUAUGGAUGUGGAUUCUUGACGAGCAAACCAUCAUCACGUCUUUCCCACAAAGCUGGCAAAGAAACGCUAAGCAGACCAUCAAUGGUAUUCACGAGUCCAUUCGUGCCCGGCUGAGGCCCUUGGUGACGACGCAGAUCGACGACCAGCCAGUUCCAAGUCCUGGACACAUUUUCGGAGGUCAUCGGCCGAGUUUGCUACACCUUCCUCUGUUAGACAACACCGAUGAAGAGAAACUCCAACAAGAACUCCGCGAGGCAACGGACGAUCUGGCUGAGAAGCUGCAAAGGUUUAGAGAGCAGUCUAAGGAUCUUCUCUACAAGCUAGGCAGCCAGCUGAAUGAGCUGCAAAGAUUAAGGAAGUGGGCGCAAAGUACAGAAGAGGCUAUGGACGACCUAAUUUCACAGAAGCAGCAACAAGCUAGUCUAGUACAGGCAUGGGAAUCAGCAAGACAGGCCGAUGAAUCCACCAGCCAAGGGCGAGCGAUCAUGCUGUUUACUGUAGUGACCAUUGUCUUUGUACCUCUUUCCUUCAUCUCAAGCAUAUUCGGAAUGAAUAACAUUGAGUUCACUGGCCAAGGCUCUAUGACUCUGAACCAGCAGUUCAAACUCAUUAAAGCACUGAGAGGAAUUGCAUGGUCAGUUUACAAGUAUCUAUCCACGGCGGUGGCCGUCCACACGGGGAUCUACGAGAUUUGGCUCGCAUUCCGUCACCAAGGGCGAUCUCCUCAUGAUAUGAUUAUACGCACAAUGGAGAUGAAGAUAGACAAGAUGAAGCGCGACGUGGAAAGAGAAGGGAGACGUGAAGAACGCCGGAAGGUAUUUGAGAGUAGGAUAGGGCACAAACUCGAAGAUGCAGAAAUGGAUGAGCGACCCUCAGCGAUGGACUUCAUUCUCAGGCGCCAUCCAAGUUUGAUGGAAGAUGGAUUGCCCCCAAAUACCGCUGGCAACGUCUCUUUACCCAGAGCGACAGAACAACCACAAAGUCCUCCUUAUCGCAGCAACCGCUCGAGCAUUUUUCGACUGAGAGAAACUCCCGCUACGCCUGGUGGAUAUGCAGCAACAGAUGGUAGCGGUAACCCAGCGGGGGCUUUUGCUCUGGAAAUGGGUCCCGUUGAUGCAGGAAGAAGGAUUAUCGACAGGCGAGCGCGCGGAGAGAGGGCACAUGCAGCCAUCGAGGAAGAACAGAGAAGCAGAGCCAGCCAGGAUGGUGUUCAGGACAGAGUGCGUUGA